AUGCUGAUAGAAACCCCCCCAGUCAUGACAUCCGGUUCAAAUGCAACAUUAAAAUUUCAACUCUCCAAAAAUGAAAUUCAUCAUUUUUGGUUGUUUUCAAAGUGGCAAGGUGCAAGCUAUUAUUUGUAUUUAAAUGUCUCACGUCACGAUAAUGUCGCUUUGAAUCGGCUUACCGUUAGUCAAAAUGAAGUGUGA